AUGGCGUACAACGCAAUCUUUGCUUGUGGCUUCAAUGCCUUCGGCCAGCUCUCUUCCGAGUCGGACAAAGACAUAGCGGAGCCCAAGGAGCUCGUUACCUUCGAGCAUGCAGUCAACACCAGACUUCUUUUCGCUGGUUGGAGCGAGACAACCUUCUACCAGCAUAGCAAGGGUAGGGAGAACGGUCGAAUCAUGAGACUUGGUAAUACCAAGAUCGUCCAAGAAGCGCCGUUGUUCGAUUUGACCGCCGGAUUCGGAGACCACAAUGGUCUUCUCGGUGUGCUUAGUCGCAAAGGAGGUGUUGCAUUUACGGAAGAGAAUCAGGUUGAAGCGCACACAGCAACAGCAGACGCGCUUUCAGACGAAGAGGCACCUGGUAUCGCAUACUUGGCUGUAGCAGGCAACGGCCAUGUCGCUGUGGUCCUCUCAUCGGCCAGUUCGCCCAGGAACAGCAUUCUGGAGUUCAAAUCCUUCGACAAGUUUCGGCAAUGGUUUGACGAUGAAGUCAACGAUCUUCACGGACCCAGCUUCAGUCAUACCGUACGAGGACGUGUAGCUCAAUUGGUCGCCAAUGUCACUGGCUUCGUAUGUCUGACGCAAGAGGGCAACGUGUAUACCUGGGGAGAUGCAAGACAUAGCUCGCUAGGUCGCAGCGUCACCCAGACAGAAGCCAAAAGUCCAGGUCUCGUUGAAUCUCUCGCUGGCAUCCGGAUCAAGAAGAUUGCGUCCGAUGGCUGGAUGACAGCAGCAUUGUCGGAAGAUGGUGCAGCAUAUCUCUUCGGCACAGGAACACCUGGAACUCAGCACUUGUUAUCAUGUCUUCAAGAAUUGGACUCGACGGGGGCAGCUCUGGUUGAGAUUGAGCAGGGUGGAGAUCCUCUGGACUUCCUGGAUGUCGCUGUUGGUGAUGGACAUGUUGUGCUACUGGCCCAUGAUGGACGUGUCUAUGCUGCCGGUGACAACCGCAAUGGUCAACUGGGCCUUGGACAGAAGGCCUCGAGCUAUAUCAAAGACUGGCGAGAGGUCAUCAUUCCAGAUGGACGUCGGUGCGGUGCAGUAUAUGCAGGCCCAAAGUCAUCAUUCUUCCAGAUCGUUGAAACUUGA